GUAGUAGCCAUGCCAGAAACUUUGGCCAAGUUCUGCCAUGUGGUGGAAGCCUCCUUGUUUGUUGACAAAACACCUCACACCGAAUAGAAGAUGAUCAAGUUAGACUUAUAAGUAACAAUAGAUGGUCAAGUUACACUUGAUAUUUAAUUGGAGGGAUUAGACUUCCUAGAAUGUAUGAAGUUACCUUGAAUUUACGUUGUUGGUAUGAUUUCACGUAACACAAUAUUUUCACGUUGGAGAAUGGUCUGGGGCUAGUCCUCAAACUCUCCUGGUUGGUCACUCAUUGUCCCUCCCUCCCUCUCUCCCUCGCUCCACUAUUAUGCAAGCGGUUUUAAGUCAUUGAAGUGUCUUAAUAUGUAAGAAGAUUUUACUUAAUUUUCAUUGCUCAUAUUAUGACUUUUAUUCAGCUACUUUCUGUCCUUACUACACCUGUAUUAGUCACUGUGGAUAACUUCAAUUGUAAUUCAUUGGAAGUCACAGUGUAUUUGUGCCACAUGCCACUAUGCUACUUCUCUAGCACAUUGUGGAUAAUACAACACGGGUGUUGGUGUUUGGUUACCUUGGCAGCAGUGUGAUUGAUGUUUGAGACAGCGGCUGUACUAUGGGAUAGAGCCCCGCCCCUGAAGGAGUUACUGCAACCUCAACAACCCCACCCCUGCCAACACAAACCCCCCCUCAAGCUGCAGGAAGGAGAGAGAGAGAGAGAGAGAGAGAGAGAAAGAGAGAGAGAGAGCUUACACAUGUGCCCAGGGAAGGAGGGAAGAGUCAGAAGACAGAGAGAAAAAAGAGGGAGAAGAAAGAGAGGAGGAGGGCUUAUACUCGCUGGCCAGGAAAAGACUGUCGAGAGGGAGAGGUAAGGAAAAAAGUGGAAGAGAAUUGACACAUGUUGGUAACAACAACAGAGCAAGAGAGAGAGAGUGCAAAGCAGGAGUCCGAGGAAGGGAAAGAGAAAGAAAGGGGGAGAGCGAGAGCGCUAAAUAGAGGAGGCGGAUCCGACUUACACUGUGGUCUGAGGAUUCCUGUGUAGUGAAUAGUUUUAGUUGGGACUCCAGUCCUGUGUUCUCUGACUUAUAUACCAGUCUCUGUUUCUGUCUGGACCAUAAGCUCCCAGGCUGGGGCACAGAAGCCCUAAACACAACACGACCACAACAGGAACAUUACAGGACCACUCUGUUGGACCCAUCUACAGGAUUAUUGCAGUUGGAAGGAGAGGUGGAAACACGGUCUGAAAAUAAUCUUAUCACAGCAGGACCGCUUUUUGAGAUAACUGUAGAAGUGAAGAGUGACCGCUGUGGUUUGACCACAAGCUGAACACAAUAGGACCGUUAGACCAGGAGGGGAAAACGUGGGAACUGUGGGAACCGUGGUUUGAACAGGAACACUUUCCUUUCUAGGGAGUUGUGGGGUCUGUGGUUUGACCUGAACAGGACCGUGUUGGCUGUGGCCUGGACAGGACAGUAACGUGUGGGAGAGAAGGUGACAUCAUGAGUAUUGUUAUGAAGCCACGAUCUCGCUCCAUCAGCUCUCUACGGAACAUGGAAGGAAUCUGUUUCGAUGUGGACAACGGCACAUCGUCAGGACGCAGCCCGCUGGACCCCAUGGCCAGCCCGGGGUCUGGGCUCAUACUGCAGGGCAACUUUGUCCACAGUCAGCGGAGAGAGUCCUUCCUCUACCGCUCCGACUCGGACUAUGACCUGUCACCAAAGUCCAUGUCCAGAAACUCCUCCAUCGCCAGUGACAUUCAUGGCGACGAUAUGAUUGUAACACCAUUUGCACAGGUUCUGGCCAGUCUAAGAACUGUACGGAAUCAUUUUGCUGCAUUAAGCAAUUGUUCACAAGACAGAGUGUCCAACAAGAGAUCACCCAUGUGUAAUCCACCACCCAUCACCAAGACCACCUUCACAGAGGAGGCCUACCAGAAACUGGCCACCGAGACGUUGGAGGAGCUGGACUGGUGCCUGGACCAGCUGGAGACCCUGCAGACCAGACACUCAGUUGGCGAGAUGGCCUCCAACAAGUUCAAGAGAAUGUUGAACAGGGAGCUCAGCCACCUGUCUGAGAUGAGUCGCUCAGGGAACCAGGUGUCAGAGUUCAUCUCCAGCACCUUCCUGGACAAGCAGCACGAGGUGGAGAUGCCGACUCCCCAGACGCAGAAGGAGAAGGAAGACAAGAAGAAUAGGCCCAUGUCUGAGAUCAGUGGGGUGAAGAAACUGCAGCACAGCUCCAGCCUCACCAACUCUAACAUACCCCGCUUCGGAGUCAAGAUCGAGACUGAGGACGAACUGGCUAAGGAGCUGGAGGAUGUAAAUAAAUGGGGCCUUAACGUUUUCAAAGUCACUCAGUUCUCUGGGAACAGGCCCCUGACCGUCAUGAUGCACACUAUAUUCCAGGAGAGAGACUUGUUAAAAACUUUUAAAAUUCCACUCGACACUUUUAUAACCUACCUGAUGACCUUAGAAGACCAUUACCAUGGCGAUGUGGCCUACCACAACAACAUCCAUGCUGCUGAUGUCACCCAGUCCACUCACGUGCUGCUAUCCACCCCCGCUCUAGAGGCUGUGUUCACAGACCUGGAGAUCCUAGCUGCCAUAUUUGCCAGUGCUAUUCAUGACGUGGACCACCCUGGAGUCUCCAACCAGUUCCUCAUCAACACCAACUCGGAGCUGGCCCUCAUGUACAAUGACUCGUCAGUCCUGGAGAACCACCACCUGGCUGUGGGCUUCAAGCUGCUUCAGGAAGAGAACUGUGACAUCUUUCAGAACCUCAGCAAGAAACAACGACAAUCACUGCGCAAGAUGGUCAUCGACAUCGUCCUAGCGACUGACAUGUCCAAGCACAUGAACCUCCUGGCUGACCUGAAGACCAUGGUGGAGACCAAGAAGGUGACCAGCUCUGGAGUUCUACUCCUGGACAACUACUCUGACAGGAUCCAAGUUUUGCAGAACAUGGUGCACUGUGCAGACCUGAGUAACCCCACCAAGCCACUGCAGCUGUACCGCCAGUGGACCGACCGCAUCAUGGAAGAGUUCUUCACCCAGGGGGACAGGGAGAGGGAGAGAGGCAUGGAGAUCAGCCCUAUGUGUGACAAACACAACGCCUCUGUCCAGAAGAGCCAGGUGGGCUUUAUUGACUACAUCGUCCACCCUCUAUGGGAGACAUGGGCAGACCUGGUGCACCCUGACGCUCAGGACAUCCUGGACACUCUGGAGGACAACAGGGAGUGGUACCAGAGCACCAUCCCCCAGAGCCCCUCACCCACCCUGGACGAGCCUGAGGACGGCAGCCGUCCCCCUGGUGGGGACAAGUUCCAGUUUGAACUCACCCUGGAGGAGGACGGGGAAUCGGACACGGAGAAGGACAGUGGCAGCCAACCCGAGGAAGAAGAUGAAGAAGAGGAGAACAGUUGUAGUGACUCAAAAACACUCUGUACGCAGGACUCAGAGUCGACAGAGAUACUACUGGACGAACAGGUGGGGGAGGAGGAGGAAGAGGAAGUGGAGGGAGAGUCCUCUUCAUCACAACCUUGUGUAGUGGAGGAGGAAGAGGAGGGAGAGGAAGGGGAAGAGAAACCAGCCGAUACAUAGCAGUGUAUGGACUGCAACUAAACUUUUCUUCUUAGUAACCAGAGAUUAUUAUUUCUAGAGUAUUUUUGGGGUUUUAUGGACUAUGUCUUUUAUUUUUUUGAUAUAUUUAUGUUUAGGGUUCCAAAGCGCACGCUGUUCACCCCUUGGCCACUCCUCCCUCCUCAUCCUUUGUCAGCUUCUCAGACACACCCACUGGUACUUCUACAACUUUUUUGCACUCAGGAAAACUCUUUUCCAUUCCCGUUUGUACCGGAGUAGUCUGUGUUACUUCACUUCAAAACCUAGUCCUAGUGUGUUGAAGUUACAUUAAGGAUUAUGAUUAGAGUUUAGAGUGUGUUUGAUGCUGUUCAUAUACAGUAUAUCUCUACUCCUUUCAGCCUUGGCUGACCAAUGGCGGUGUUUCUGUGUGUUAUUAAGUGCCCAUUCUUCAGAAGUGACUAUAGUGUCUGUUUUUCUUAGUUGUUUGUAUUUAUCAGCAAAGCAACACGCUACAUUGUUGUGUGGUCUGGAUGAAUGAAAUCCCUACAGGACACGUCACGAUGGAGAGAGGCGCUGCAGCACAUUGAGAGAAAUGCAUUGUGGGAAUUUAACAAGACACUUUUCUGAAGUUUAAGUCUUCCUUGAAAACCUGACUAAAAAAGGCUAAGAUCUUACAGCUCUAAUGCUAGGUUUAACCUCGAUAGAGUUUUUGUACCGUACCAUACAUAACAUGGAGAUCUAUUGUAGAUUCUACUUUUGUUAACCAAGAUAAAAAAAGUGACUUUUGAAAACAUUUGAAAGGCACUUGAAAACUGUUGAUGAGAAAUGCCUCAUCUGCUACUGCUUUUCUGUGUGUAAAAGGGUAACUUACCAGUUAUUGUUUUGGGGGAGUAUUGGGGAGUAUUCUCAGAAUUACAAAUCAAGCCCUUGCCCCUACCCUCUACGCAGUAGAUCUGAGAGGAUUGGAUAGAUAUUAGCGGAUCCAAUCCUCUCAGAUCUACAGGAGUGCCUAAAGGGUAGGUGCUAGGGCUUGAUUUGGGAUUGCACGUUUAUCAAAAAGCAUUUACACUAUUACUCCCAUACCACUGUCCCCAUGUUCGGUUGUCAUAAUCGUGCAACUACCAUUUCAAGGAUUGUUUUCACUGAAGAAAAACAUGACACAUGUUGACACAUACUUGACUUUACGUUGAAUGAAAUCACUUUGUCUGACUGACCAGAAAGAAUCCUUGAAGUUCUACUUAUUGUUGCCUGCAGUAAAUAUGAGCGCAUGUCAUCGGACAAUGCAAUGCUUGUUAGAAGCAUUGGAGUGCUGCAUUGGAGUGCUGCAAGUGUACAGAGGUGAUGUCACCACGCUCUGCUGUACUGUGGAAGUCUAUGGGGGGUUUGAUACCUAUAGCAAUGUUAUAAUAGAAUUUUGGUCAUUUGGCGGGUUCCGACACUUUUUGUGCUACGCACAUGGUGACCUUAUUUCCUAUUACCUGUCAAUCAUGUCUCCAUUUCCUGAUUGUGGUGUAGGGAGGUGGUCAAUUCGAUUUCAUAUUCGGGAAGAAUAAUAGUUCAAUAAUAAUAAAUAAUAUUAAACACAGAGAUGAAUCUUUCAAAUCCCUCAGAUAAAGUCAUAUCUUUGUGAGAUGUCUGAAAUAUGUACAGUGACAGUCAUUAUUACAACAACAUUUGUGAGUGCUAAUAAGAAACAAAUCAAUUCCGGUUCAAUAAUUGAAAGUUCCUCAUUGAAAAUAAAUAGCUCCUUUCAAGUCUUGAAUAGGAAUUUCAAUUCAUAUCCUGAAUUUACUUCAAAUGGAAUUGACCACAGCCCUUACUGCAGGUCAGUAAUAUUUUCCAAUGCACUACAUGGUUGAUGUUUUCACACAUUAGCGGUCACAAACAGCCAUUCUAAUUCCCGUGUAAAAUAGCCUUUUGAGUGACUAAAAUAUCACUCCUAAUAUUUUGGGGGGAUAGAAAUGUUCAACAACAACAAAAUAACUGACAGGCUGAAGUGGGGAGCUAAUAUUCAUGAGCUUGCCUUGAUUGACAGCUCUUAGAAAGGCCUAUGUCAUGAAACUUGGAUGCAGUGAGCAGUGUUGCAGUAAAAUCAUCUCAAGCAGAUUUGGUGAAACACAAAGCAACUCAAACAACAUUGAAAUUGCAUCAAUGAUGUACAUAUUUGAAUCUCCCAUUCGACAUGUCUCUUGUUCAGCGGUUCACAGCAGCACUGACAGAUGUGUUGACAUGACAACUGCGUCAGAGUUUUGUUCGACCCUUCCCCCCCUUUUGUUCCAUGCUGUCUGAAGACCUAGCUAGCCACUAGCUAACACCAGACACAGAUGAAAGGGGAGACAUAUAAGUAUCUUUGCCACAGAUGAAUAGUGUAAACUUAAAAUUAUAUUUGCUGACACCCUACAGUCUAAAUUUGGCAGCCGUAGAGUAGCUAUAUAAACCAAACCCCUCCGCAAACACACCUUCUAAAAUGUUGGUAACAAGGCGGUACUUAUUUAAAUUAGGUAAGAGAAUAUCAUGUUACCGUUGGUGUGUUAAAAUUAGAGUUAGGGUGAUGUCACCCUAUCCCUUUAAUAAUCCCGCCUCCUGAAUCCAAGUGUUUGACUUGGGGGAGGGGACCCACACUUUUUCAAUGUAGAAGCAACAGUCAUUUUUCAUACUACUGGUCAUUGUACUUUGAUUUGGUUGGUUUCAUCCAAAUAUCAUCCAAUUUGAUUUAAAACAUAAUUUUGACUGUUCAAAAUUGUCAUUGUCUUCCCACUAACUUUGGAUGUGUUUGUUUUGACCAAGAACACAAGACAAUCAGCUCCAUGGUGCAGUGGUCUCAUAAGAAGACAAGUCGGCUAUAGAUAAUGCCUUGAUGUUUUCAUAUCUCACUACUUCACUUUUUAAAAAUUAAAACUCGCCAAAACUCACGUGCUCAUUAGGCUUGAACAAGACUCUAUACACUUCAGCCAAGAGACUUUCUUUUACACGUAUCUAUUGUUGUUGGUAUUACAAUUGAUGCUAUUAUUUAUUGAUAUAUUUUUGUAUUAGUUGUGUCUUUCUUGCCAUAUUAAGGCGGUACAGUAAAGCUUUCGCUGUAGCAUAGACCGCAGUACAGACUUUCCAGUUACUAUACCCAAAUAGACUUUCUUUCUCUAAAUAUGUACAUAUAGUAUAAAAAAUUCAAGAAUUGUUAGAGUGCUUAUUUGAAAAGAAAUGUGUAAUUUCAAAUGUUUUAUUUCAUUCUUAUGUUCUUGUGCCAAGUUGUUUUUCUCCAUCCUCACCCGAUGACCUUACCAUAAUACCGCUUUUCUGGUUGUAUCUCUGUUUACAAACAUAUAUUUAUUGUGUUGUAUAUACUAUAAUUAUUAUUAUUCUCAUCAUGAUGCUGUUUGUUGUAAAUUACUUACUCUUAUCAUCCCUUAUGGUGAUGGUGUGGCUGUACCUCUUGUUGAGAGAAUGUUUAUUACACAUGCUUAUUCAGUGUAAAAUGAUCCGUUGGUAUUAGUUAUCUGAGAAGCUCAGAGCGAAGGAGGACAGGGGAAAGCCAAAUAGUUUUUUAGAGGAAGCUGUUCCUUGGCCCAUGGGCUGUGCCUUAAAUUCAACAUGCCAUGUUUUAGUGUGUCUUUUCUUUUUCUUCUCCUCGUUUGCUGCAUUAGAUAGUCUUGUGGUUUGACCUGACCUGACCCAGACAAUGGCCUCGAGUUGUGAAAGGAACUCAUGAAAUAAUGUUGCCUUUUUCCUUCACAGCCAAAUCAGAAAUAUUAUGUGAACAUAGGAAAAAAGGCAGCACGUGCUACACAUUCUGUUGUCAAGUUUGAAAACGGAGGUCAUGGCUGUGGAGUUCCAGGUCUAAAAUCCACUAGAUGAGUGGUGGCUUGGCCAAGCUGGAUCUGUGGGGACGGUGGAUCCUAUAGGGUUGUGAAGCACCAAGACGUAGAGACACAUCCACGUGUUCAGUCACUGCUGCAUUUAUUUAGGCUGAAACACUCACGAUGUGCUACUCAGCCAUGCUUGGCGAGCACGUUCACUCAUACCACAUGCAAUAUCCAAAACCACGGUCAUCUUUCUGCUUGAAGAGGAGAAGGCUGGUAAUUAUGGAGUAAGGUGGGGUGGGGGUAAGGGGGGGUGUCAUCCUAAAAACACGUCCUUCGAUGGGGACUCUUAUUUUGACACGCAUACUGUAGAUUCUAAACAGCCCUGGACCAAUGGAAUCAGUGGGUUCUUUUCUCAUUUUGUGUUCUUAUGGAAUGAAAGAAAUACACAAACUGUAACACACAAACUGUAACUUCAAAAAGGUCUUCAGGACAAUUAUUUUUGGGUUAUGUCUUUAGAAUGCCAACUUGUCUGGAAGUUUCACAAGACAGUAUAAAGUUAUUUUAAUGGAUUUCUUGUUAAUUGCAGUCUAUUGGAUAGCACUGUAGAUCAUAAACUUUCAGUAAAAAAAAAAAAACUGAAGAAAAAAUGUUUUUAUAUGCAACAGAUGAAAUAAAAGCAUGGGUUGAUUCUG